AUGCUCGUCACCGCCGCCCUCGUCCUCGCCGUGGCCCUGCUCGCGAUCUGCUACCCCGACCGGCCCCCCGGCGUGCAGUCGCGCAAGGGCAUCGUCGCCGUCACGCCGGCGUAUGCGCUCGUGGGCAACCUGCCCUGGAUCGUGUCCAUCAUCCGGCAGCGCACCCGCAUCCUCGACGAGGUCUACCGCCUGCAGAACGAGCAGGCGCCCGGCGGCAAGCCAUUCACGCUCACCUUUCCGGCGCUCGGCGGCCGCGUGACGGUGAUCAACAACCCGGCCUACCUGCAGUACAUCCAGAAGACCAACUUCGACAACUUCCCAAAGGGCCCCGACCAGCGGCGGAUCAUGUGCGACGUGCUCGGCAUCCACGGCAUCUUUGCCUCCGACGGCGCCAUCUGGCUCAAGCAGCGCAAGCUCGCCACCCACAUCUUCUCCUUUAACAACUUCCGCACCCACGUCCAGUCGACGGUCGUGCGCGAGGUCCACACGCUCGACGCGCUCCUCCAGGACGCCUCCCAUAAACAGGCACCCGUCAACUUACCCGACACCAUGUUCCGCUUCACGCUCAACUCGUUUGCCUGGAUGGCAUUCGACGCCGACGUCGACUGCCUGCCGUCGCGCGUCGAGGGCCUCGCGGUGCCCAACGAGUUCGCCAGCAGCUUCGACUAUGCGCAGAUGGUCAUGGACCACCGCAUCUUUGCGCUCCUGCCCAAGUGGUCCGAGUGGUUCACCCGCGAGGGAUACCACAUGCGCAAGUCGCUGCGCACGCUCAACCGCUACUGCUACCGCAUCAUCGACUCGCGCCUGGCGCGCCGCGAGAAGCUGGGCGCAGGCAACGCGACCGACAAGGCGGGCAAGGACCUGCUCGAGCUGUUCAUGGACCGCGGCCUGACGCGCGAGGAGCUGCUGCCCGUCAUUCUCAACUUUCUCAUCGCGGGGCGCGACACGACGGCCCAGAGCCUCGCCUGGCUCUUCUUUGAGCUGUGGAAGAGCCCGCAAUACAUUGACAAGAUCCGCCAGUCGCUCGUCCCGCUGCUGGGCGCGCCCGGCGAGCAGCGGCCGAUGCAGUUCGACGAGAUCAAGGAGCUGCCGCUGCUCCAGGCGUGCUUCUACGAGGCCGUGCGGCUCUGGCCGGCCGUGCCCAAGAACCUGAAGCGCGUCGUGCAGGACGACAUCAUCCGGCCCACGGGCGAGCACGCCGCCGAAGGGCUGCCCGACGUCGAUGUCCGCGGCGGCGAGACGGUCCUCUGGAGCGACUGGUGCAUGGCGCGGAUGCCCGAGGUGUGGGGCGCCGACUGCUGCGAGUUCCGGCCCGAGCGCUUCCUGGAGACGGGCAGCGAUGGCAGCUUGCGCGUGGCGGAGUUCAGCCAGUUCAAGUUCCACAGCUUCAAUGCGGGCCCGCGCAUGUGCCUGGGCAAGACGCUGGCCACGUACGAGGGCAUGGCUGUCACGGCUGCCAUCUUGGGCCGAUACGACGUGCUGUUUGACGACCACACGAUGCGCACCAACCCACCCACAUACGGUGACAGCCUCACGCUCCCUUGCUCGCCCUACUAUGUGCGCUUCCGGCCCAUCGCUACCUGA